GUCCAGCGGCUGUACACAAUGUCAUUUCUGCCGGACGUUCUUCCGGCGUUUCGCGAGCGGAACGACGAUCCGCGCGAGUAAUGAGAGAGCCCCGCGCCCGACGAGGUGUCGCCGACUGAUAUAAGUAAGCGCGCGCCCGGAGAUCGAACGUAUUUCCAGAUUCACACGGCGGAUUAUGAUACGCAAGGAGGGCACGGGGAUAAAAGCGCCGUAUUUAAGGGAAACGAGUAACCGGGGCGUCCGAGGUGGCCGAAGCGCAAGUACAUCCACGACCGUUUAGAUUACGUUCCGAUACGCGUAUACAUGCCCUCAGAAAUAGUUCCUCGGUGAACGAAAUCACGGAUACUUUUGACGAGUCUUGUUUAAUCGCACGUUUGAACGCAACGCAAAAUGAUGUACUCCUUAAUCAUCCUGAUCCUUUCGGUGGGGAUCUGCUACAGUAAUCCAGACGCUAAGAGACUUUACGACGAUCUGCUCUCGAAUUAUAAUCGGCUGAUUCGACCUGUGUUCAACAAUACUGACACCGUUGUUGUGAAACUAGGGCUUCGUCUCUCGCAGCUGAUAGAUCUCAAUUUAAAAGAUCAAAUCCUAACGACGAACGUCUGGUUGGAGCACGAAUGGCAGGAUCAUAAAUUCAUAUGGGAGCCCUCGGAAUACGGAGGUGUCACUGAACUCUACGUGCCGAGCGAGCAUAUAUGGCUGCCCGACAUUGUACUUUAUAACAACGCGGACGGAGAGUACGGUGUGACAACAAUGACUAAGGCCGUUUUGCAUCACACCGGCAGGGUGCUUUGGACCCCUCCGGCAAUUUUUAAAUCUUCCUGCGAAAUUGACGUUAGAUACUUCCCCUUCGAUCAGCAAACAUGCUUCAUGAAAUUCGGCUCGUGGACAUACGACGGCUUUCAAAUCGACUUGAAGCACAUUAAUCAAAAUAUGGGCGACAAGGUCGAAGUAGGUAUCGACCUGCGAGAAUAUUACCCGAGCGUGGAAUGGGACAUACUGGGUGUUCCGGCGGAGCGUCACAAAAAGUACUCCCCAUGUUGUCUCGAGCCGUAUCCCGACAUUUUCUUCAACAUAACUCUGCGCCGAAAAACGCUGUUCUACACGGUGAAUCUCAUAGUGCCAUGCGUCAGCAUCUCUUACCUGUCAGUUCUGGCCUUCUAUCUGCCGGCCGACUCCGGGGAGAAGAUCGCGCUCUGCAUCAAUAUCUUGCUUUCGCAGACCAUGUUCUUCUUACUGAUAUCCGAGAUUAUACCAUCCACGUCGCUGGCGCUGCCGUUGCUCGGCAAGUAUCUGCUCUUCACGAUGAUCCUAGUCGGAUUCUCGGUCGUGAUAACGAUCAUCAUCCUGAACGUGCACUACCGCAAACCGAGCACCCAUAAAAUGGCGCCAUGGGUGAGAAAGAUCUUCAUCAAGAGAUUGCCGAAGCUACUGCUGAUGAGAGUGCCCGACGAUCUUCUCAACGAUCUCGCCGCGCACAAGAUACACGGAAGAGGAAAAUCGGGGAAGAAGAGCAAGUUCAAUGCCGCGGUCGCGGCCGCGGUACAAUCGUCAUCGAUAAUAUCUUCGCCGGAUUCUGCUCGUCAUCAACGGAUCGACGGUUGCAACGGUUUACACACGACAACUGCCCACAACCGAUUCCUAGUCGGCAGUUUAGGAUACAAUGGGCUUUCAACGGUCAUGUCCGGUCUUGACGAGUCACUGAGCGACGUGACGCCAAAAAAGAAGUAUCCCUUUGAGCUGGAAAAAGCUUUGCAUAACGUCAUGUUCAUCCAGCACCAUAUACAACGUACGGACGAAUUCAAUGCAGAGGAUCAAGAUUGGGGUUUCGUCGCGAUGGUUCUUGACCGCCUCUUCCUGUGGAUGUUCACGAUAGCUUCGAUCGCCGGGACGUUCACCAUCCUGUGCGAAGCGCCGGCACUUUAUGACGACACGAAACCGAUCGACAUGGAAAUUUCUUCCGUUGCUCAACAGCAAUUCCUUCCGUCUGGUCAAGAGUUGCUGAAGACCAUCGGGUCGUAGACGCGUUUCGUUAGGGCACGCGCGCGAUGUGUUUCCGCAUGUAUUAUCAGCAUGAAAAAGGGGAAGCGGCGAACUGUCUUACAGGGCCAUCACAAAAAUUUUAAAAUCGUAACCGCAAGGUCCUAAGCAUAUUGAUCAAUCACAGUCGAGUUUUCUAAAACCGUAAGAUCGCAAUGUAUAAAUUGUGAUUGGUCGUGAUUUGUUAGCGGCCUCACGAUUACGAUUAAAACAUUUUUCACGUGUGGCUUUUACCGAAUAAAGCAACGUUGUGGAUAGGUCAUGGCCGUGGAACCGAAGUAAUAUCUCCAAACGCGAAGCGCAGUUCGCGAUCGUCUUCAUUUAAUAUAACACUACCGAUUCGUACUCAAGCAUACAAAUUGUAUCUAGAUAAAUUACGGUCUUCGAUUUUAAGACGAUAUAUAUAUAAUAUGGAAUGUAGUUACGAUGCCAGUCUAUUCGGUUCUGAGGAGCUGGCCUAAAUGAUAUAAGCACGAUUUAAAAAUUUCCGAAAACAGACAAUUCGCUAGCUUGCCUCGCGGGCGACGAUUACAACACGAUUAAUAUUCCCGAAACACAAAAUUGUAUUUGUAUCUACUAUUAUUGUACGCGCAAGUAGUGCGCGACUCGUUCUUUGAUAAUAACGUCUAUUGAUGUUCACAGUGUUACGGCAGAAGACUUCGCGAUAGGUAUCAUUUGUAAGACUUUUGGUAACGUUGGUUACACAGACGAUAUAUUGUAUAACGGUGAUAUAUCUUAUCCGGCGCACACACCAAAAAUCUGACUAUGUAUAGGACAAGUUUCAUGCUCCAAUUAAUAUCCUCCCGACGAGCAAUCGAUUCAUAUACGUAGCAUAGUUUUUCGAUAAAUUAUAAACAGAACUUUUUUCAUUACGAGAACACGUAUAUAUAUAUAUAUACUCGAGUUUGUUCGAUAUACCGAUGUACGCAUUAAAAGCAAAAAUAAAAAUUCAAAAAAUCAAAAAUUAUAAUUCAGUUUUUUUUUUCUUAUAAUUAAACGUGGACACGAUAGUGUAUACCUACCUUAACCGGGAAAAUACGAACGCGCGCUUAACCGAAUAUAUGUUUCAUUAUUUCAUAUAUUAACUGAAUAUAUACUUUAUUAUUUCAUAUAUUAUACAAAAGUAUGUAUGAUACAAUACUUGUGUAAAUAUCUGUGAAACAAACGGAAAGUAGAUAGGACAAAAUAUAUUUCCACGCAGAGACUAGUUUAUCUUAGUGCCUGAAUUUAAGGUGAUAUAUUUGUUUGGUGAUGAGGUAAAUAAAGGAAUUAUUAGGAUUCAUUCACUGUCCUGAAAGAUUUCAGACGAUAACAAAUGUAGAAAUAUGUUACGCGCGCUGAUUAAUACUAAAGAACACACAUACAAUACUCGACAAAGUCAAAAUCAUGAUUUAAUUAGUGUGCUAAUUAUUUAAUAAAAAUUUAAUAUAUAAAUCUUCGGAAAUCGUAUGCUCCUAGUUAUAACUAUUCAAUUAUCCACUUGAAUUAUUUGUUUAAGUGUCCAAUUAAAUAAUCAGAACAUAGUGACUCGUACAAAACAUCCGACUUCCAAAUUUAUAUUAGAAUUGCAUUGGCAAGAAAUGUUCAGCAAUGGAAAAAUUUUAAAAAUCUGGAGCUUUACAGAAAUAUUAUAACGGAGUUCACAAGUAGGUAAAAAGAAUUUACAAGAACAAGUAUUUGCUAAGAAAGAUCAUAAUAUUACACGAAGAUGUUAGAAGACAGGUUCAUUUGGAAACACGGACUCCCUGAGACAUUCCGAUCCACACAAGACUAGCCUUAAGAUGUAAGGGUAUUAAUUGAAAGUGAAUCUCAAAAAGAGGACAGAAUUUAGAAAGAAAGGAUGAUAAUCUUGAUUAUGCAAGUCAGGAUUUACAGUAAAAGAUUUAAGAGUAAUUACUUCCUUAAGGGGAAUGAAAAAUUGCUUCGUUAUAUUAUUUCAUCUACAUAUCUUGUGUUUCUCUGCAAGGCUUCAUUUUUUUUUUUACUUUUCACGUUACUAAACGUUUCUUGUGUGAGUUCUCAGUAUUACGCAUUUUUCUUCAAAGCAAAAAGUUUCUUCGCAUAAGACACGCUGAAUAAACAAGAAUAUCAAAAUACUUAUUAUUUACUAAUAACAAUUAUUAGUAAAUAAUUAUUUACUUUCGCUGUAUUACAUACUGUGCUAUUUACUGCUCUCACACUCUGGCACCAUAGAAGACAUUAACAAAUGCAUUGCCAUCGUAACGAAAAAAAAACAUACGGAAAUUAUCAUCUAUAAUAUAUAUCAAGUAAUUCAGUAAUAAUAAAAUACAUCUUAAAAAUAUACUACUGCGAAAAUUGUCAUAUAAAAUCGUUUCCCAACGCUGUUAUUUGAUACAUAAUUCAUAUAUACUUAAAAUUAUAGGAUUCUGUUUCUUUGAAACUGUGUGAAAUAAAAACAGAGACAUUAUUUGGUAAAUAAAAAUCUUAAGUUUAAAAAAAUAAACAUAUCGGCUAAUCAUGAUGUACUCGAAUAUAAAAUUAAUUCAUCUGUGAUUACUUACGGUAGUUACGUUAACUAUUAAUCAUUUAACUAAGUAUAAACUUAUUAAUCAUUGAUGUACAGAUAAUAGAAAAAAUAUAUAAAAAGUUCUAUAUCCA